GGUACGUACUUCGUAUUACUACUUGUCACAUAAAUAGACUCACCUUAUCUCCCCUUAAUUCUUACUUCACUACCUUCUUUUAUUAUUCUCUCUCCUCUCAAUACAAAUUCCACAAAUCUCUAAUCAAGGAAAGAAAAUAAAAGAUCACUGAAAAUGCAGAAAUUGAUAGUGAAAUUGGAUAUCCACGAUGAUUUGAGCUGCAAGCAAAAGGCUAUAAAACUGGUCUCUUCUAUUUCUGGGAUUGAUUCAAUCUCAAUGGACGGAAAGGAAAAGAAACUGACAGUAAUAGGAGACAUGGAUCCUGUGGCAGUAGUGAAGAAAUUAAGAAGGUACUACCAUACUGAAAUUGUCUCGGUUGGGCCUGCAAAAGAGCCUGAGAAGCCCAAAGAAAAGCCCAAAGACGAGCCCAAACCCAUAGUCCCGGUAAUGGAUUUUAUCCAUGCCAUGCAGGCCCAUAACUCCAGUAAUGCUACCUACAUUGUUGAUCCAUGCUAUUCUAGAUACAAUGGUUAUUACAGAAGCGUGGAAGAAGAUCCAAAUGGUUGCGUUAUUAGUUAACUAUUCCUUUAAAUUUAAUAUUUUUUUUGUUAUUAAUGGAUAAGUUAAAUUGUUAAGCUUGUUUAAGCAAGAAUAAUAGGAUGAGUAACCUUCUAGAAAGUUCUUGUAAUUGCGCCCCUUAAAGUGAACUUGUCUACUUUUAAGGUUUAAAGUUUAGCUCAUAAUUGAGUUGUGAUUAGAGGGUAGGAUUGAGCUGUAAAAUUCUCCAAUUUUUUUUACAUUUGUGCCAAUUAUGUAUUGAUUAUGUAACUAGAGAUUAAAAGUCUCCAUUUUUUUUAACAUUUGAACCAAUUGCUGUAUUGAUUAUGUAACUAGAGAUUAAAUCUAUAAAAGCCGUACUUACAAACUUUAUAUC